AUGAUGUCUAAGAAGUGCUCUGCAGCGGAUCAGUCGGAGCAUGAUCAGCCUCCCAACCACUGUCAGGUGGACCGGUCCGCGAACGCAGCACUGGCGUGUAGGAACAAGAGCGAAUUGGGUCAGAGAAACGGAGAGACGGCGUCAUCCUCCCCGGAGAGCGGCAGCUUGAACGGAGACGGAAAGCGCAGCGGGAAAAGUCGCCGCCGCAAGAAACGCUCAUCUAAUUCCGUGAGCCGCCCCGAGGAGAAGGUGGACAGUAAGACCAAGACCGAAGAGAAGCCUGACAAAAAGCCUCAACAGUCGUCUGACCCCAGAGCCGGUCUGAUCGGCCUGCAGUCCGAGUGUGCUAACGUGUGGUUUGAACGCAGCCUCUACGAGCGAGCCGAGAGCCUCUACCAGUGCUGGUUGGCGAGCUCUUCCAAUGGGACCACCAAAUCAAACCGGUCACCUCCGCAACAUGGGAAACACUCAAACUCUCCAUCCACUGUGGCUCCGUCUUUCUCAGGACUGGCUUGCCACCAUGGCGAUCAGGUGGCUUGUCACCAUGUUGUCCAGGCAGUGUGGGUGAACAAGACAAACUUUGACCAAGCAGAACGCCGUUUCGUUGAAGAAUCCAUGCAGCCGUCCAUUCCAAACUCUCUGGACCUCCCAUCCCCUCCAAAUCGCUCCGCUGCACCCAGAACUCCCGAUGAAGGUUAUCAGUCUCUAGCUCCGACUCCUGCAACCCCUGUCGUCCAGCAGGCAGCCGUCACGCCGACCAAUCGACAGUCGAUUAACGGACUGCCUCGCAUCCCGGUGGAGUUGCUCAGGGAUGUGUGGCUGGAGAAACCGCUGUACGACCGCGCCGAAGCAGCCUUUUACCAGAACCUAUACGGCAACAAUUCCUCUAAACGGUCCAGCUGCACCUCCACAUCUAGAAGUAGCGACCACCCUCAAAGCCUUGUCGAAGAGGAGGAGGAGGAGGAGGAGGUGGUGGUGGAGGAAAAGCGGGAGGUCCAGCAGGGCAAAGCAGAAGUCUUUCACGCUCUGCACCCGAUCCAAGAGGAAGAGGAGCCAGCCGAGGUCCCCGAGAAGGAGGAAACGGGAGUCUGCUACUUCCUCCACCCAGACAGCGAGCGAGUGUGGCUGGACAAGUGGCGGUAUGAUGCUGCGGAGAGCCGUUUCUACGGUUACAGUGGAGAUAAAGCUGCUACCGCCGCAGUGGUGGUGGUGAAGAAGGGACGGAGGCCAGAAGCAGAUGCCCCGUCAGUUGCCUCCGCCGCCCCACUGAGGGACAACACCAUGAGCGCAGUCGACUUUCUGGCCCAGGAGAAAAUCUGGUUCGACAAAACUCGCUAUGACGAGGCAGAGAGACGCUUCUAUGAGCGCAUGAACGGGCCCUCGCAACCAGCACAGGAUGUUGGAGCUAACAGCAUUCUGCAAGACAUUGCCCGAGCCCGCGAAAACAUCCAGAAAUCUCUUGCAGGACUGAAGACCACACUGAGUAAGAGAGGGUCUGAUCAACCUCCCAUGAGUCAACACUCCCAGCUUAGCACCAGCAGCAGCAACAGUGCAGCUGAUCAAGGAGAACUCGUCUCUCGCAUCAAGAGCCUGGAGCUGGAGAACCAGAGCUUACACAAAGUGGUGGAUGACUUAAGAGCAGCACUUUCCAAACUUGAAUGUCGAGUAGCAGUUCUGGAAAAAUCUCCUGCAGCUGUAACUCCAGCUCCCGCUCCCUCGGUCCCCUACACAAAUGGCACUACCGUCCAGCAGAAGACCACCGCCCCAGUCAAAGAGGAGGAGGAGGAGGACGAUGACGACGACAUCGACCUGUUUGGCAGCGAUGAAGAUGAAGAGGCAGAUAAACUGAAAGAGCAGAGAUUGAAAGAGUAUGCAGAGAAGAAGGCAAAGAAGCCCGCCAUCAUCGCCAAGUCCUCGAUCCUAUUGGACGUUAAACCUUGGGAUGAUGAAACGGACAUGGCAAAGCUGGAGGAGUGUGUGCGAUCAGUUCAGGCUGACGGUCUGUUAUGGGGCACAUCCAAGCUGGUUCCUGUGGGUUACGGCAUCAAGAAGCUCCAGAUCGCAUGUGUGGUGGAGGAUGACAAGGUGGGAACAGACAUGUUGGAGGAGGAGAUCACCAAGUUUGAAGACUUUGUCCAGAGUGUCGACGUAGCGGCUUUCAACAAGAUCUGAUCCCAGUGUGUCUUUUUCUGUCUGUCGUCACGCCUUGUUUCUCUGCUGAUUGUGUCAACGGUUAAUAAUAAUAAAAACCAACUCUAGCACUGAA